GGCUGGACAAGAAGCAAGAAGCUCGGCCUACGUCCCGGGAAUCGGAAAUGUUGUAGAAACACCCAACCGAACGACAAAGCCGACUUGUUGAAGAACAAAACCACCUCUACCUAUGUAGCGAUCCGUCGACGAGGGCGAAGGUCCUCCAAAGGUAGGGCAGCAGGGGCCGAAUGCUCAACUGAAGCGUGCCAAGGUGGUAGUGCACGACACCCUGCCCUGUUCCACGACCUGAUAGGGUUGAAUGGUGGAAUAUCUCUUGUUUCAGCAAGGCUAGCCUCCGUCUGCGAUAACCACUGCAAGGAUUCUCAAACACCGAACGGACGAAAAUGGAAGCUCGAUGGAAGCCGUCGACGUCCGUGACCGAGCUACGCUGUGGGGCCCCAGUGAUCCCUUCAUUCAGCCUGAAGGCCAUGUACGGAGCCACUUCUUCCGCCAAGAAAAGCCGGGGUAGUGUAGAAUGGAAUUACACUACAUAUUCCCAUCUUGGGUACGGGGACCGGACUAAGCGUGAAGUUCGGGUGCCAUCGAUACAACCCUACCCGAGACCACCUCCAGGGACCAGGUACGUUUGGACUAAAUUGUAUGCUAUGACAAUGGCAAAGCAUCCGGAUCUCGGCAUCAGGGUCGCCGGGAUGGCUCUCUCCAAGGUGACAGGGACGACGACAACGAGUUAACCAGGAGAAACGAUGGGAUUGCCUAAGCCGGUCCUGUCAAUCAAAAGCGACGACAAGGAGUUCGAAAGACAAGCUUGAAUGGAUAUAUAAGACCUUCAGGAUCGUCGUGUUUCGACUUUUGUUUCUCUAUCCCCAUCACCAGCCAUCAGCCAGCAGCCAUCAGCCAGCAGCUUCACCCUCGUUUUCAAUAAAUCAGACACAAUGGUCUCCCUCAAGUCCCUCCUCCUCGGCGCUGCCGGUGCCCUCGCUAUGCCCUUCAACGCCACCGAGUUCUCUGAGCUCGCCGAGCGUGGCGGUACCCCCAGCAGCACCGGCUUCAACAACGGCUUCUACUACUCCUUCUGGACCGACAACGGCGGCAAUGUCAACUACGCCAACGGCGCCAGCGGCUCUUACUCUGUGAACUGGCAGAACGCCGGCAACUUUGUCGCCGGCAAGGGCUGGAACCCCGGUUCGGCUCGCACCAUCACCUACUCGGGUAACUUCAGACCCUCGGGCAACGGCUACCUGUCCGUCUACGGCUGGACUCGCAACCCGCUUGUCGAGUACUACGUCGUCGAGAACUUUGGCUCCUACAACCCUUCGUCGGGCGCCCAACGUCUCGGAUCCGUCUACACCGACGGCUCCACCUACGACAUCUACAAGACCACCCGCUACAACCAGCCGUCCAUUGACGGCACCCGCACCUUCAACCAGUACUGGUCGGUCCGCCAGCAGAAGCGCACCGGUGGUACCGUCACCAUGGCCAACCACUUCAACGCGUGGGCCAAGGCUGGCCUGCACCUGGGCACCCACAACUACCAGAUCGUGGCCACUGAGGGAUACCAGAGCAGUGGCUCUGCCCAGAUCACCGUUCACGGUUAAACGAUGGAUUAUAUUCAGGAUGGCAAGAUGUUGGGAUGAUUUUGGACAUUUGAUGGAUUGCAGGACCUUGAGAUAUGUUGAGGGUGGACAGAGAACGAUCGGAAGUCGCACAUCGAGUCUCUUUUUUUCCCUCGACCUCUUUUUUUACACUAGACUAAACUUCACAAUCAGAUUCAUUUCUCUUAUUAUAGUAAAUCUUUCAGUUGCGUUGCA